GUGGGAAAGACCCGGGUUCCGGGAGCGAGCGCCUGUCUCUUUAAAUGCUACGGGCUGCGCUCCCGCCCCGGGAGCCCGGAGCCGGAUCUACAAUCCCGUUCCUCCCGCUCCAGCGCUUGUUGCUCGCCGGGACCGAGCUGGAGCUGGCGCCGCCAGGCAGCCAAGCUGCUUCCUUCUCCUCCUCCUCGCGCCCCACUUCCCCCGAGAGCCGGUGGAGGGGGAGCGGCAAUACCAGCAGAAGGGAGGAGGUGCAGAGUGAACAGACAUUGACUCCCACUUUCAAAUCUUGAGACUGUGUAGCCGAGUGGGGCAAGACAUGCAUCGCUCCCCUCUGUCCAGGCUCGCUGCCGCCCGCGCCAGGAGAGGAAGGACUGUGGAGCCCACACCUGCAAACUCGUCCUAGAAGUCUCAGCGUGCGGCGGGGGCCUCCUCCGUGUUCCCCAGGGCCUCCACCUCUCCGCGGGUGGGGCACUGGCGGAAGCCCUAGGAGCUGCUGAUGCAAUGGACUUUUGCCCGAGCGAGGUGGUCUCAGCCCCUGUCCGGGGACAAGUGCCAAUGACCCUAGUGGUGGUUUCGCUUUCUCUCCUCUCGGCGGUGUGAACGUGUGUCCGCAGCGUGAUGGGCAACCAGGUGGAGAAACUGACCCACCUAAAUUAUAAGGAAGUUCCCACAGCCGACCCAACUGGCAUGGACCGAGAUGACGGCCCUCGCAUUGGGGUCUCCUACAUCUUUUCCAAUGACGACGAGGAUGUGGAACCGCAGCCGCCGCCCCAGGGGACGGAUGGCGGUGGCCUGCCCAAAGGCGGGGACGGGCCAACACUGCCUCCGCCGCAGCCCUACGACCCUCGGCUGCAUGAGGUGGAGUGCUCUGUGUUCUACCGUGAUGAGUGCAUCUACCAGAAAAGCUUCGCGCCAGGUUCUGCGGCGCUGAGCACCUACACGCCAGAGAACCUGCUCAACAAGUGCAAGCCUGGCGACCUGGUGGAGUUCGUGUCGCAGGCGCAGUACCCGCACUGGGCUGUGUACGUGGGCAACUUCCAGGUGGUGCACUUGCACCGGCUGGAGGUGAGCAACAGCUUCCUGACCGACGCGAGCCAGGGCCGGCGGGGCCGCGUGGUAAACGAUCUAUACCGCUACAAGCCGCUCAGCCCCAGCACGGUGGUGCGCAACGCGCUGGCGCACGUGGGCGCCAAAGAGCGCGAGCUGAGCUGGCGCAACUCAGAGAGCUUCGCUGCCUGGUGCCGCUAUGGCAAGCGCGAGUUCAAGAUUGGCGGCGAGCUGCGCAUUGGCAAGCAGCCUUACCGGCUGCAGAUCCAGCUCUCUGCGCAGCGCAGCCACACGCUUGAGUUCCAGAGCCUGGAGGACCUGAUCAUGGAGAAGCGGCGCAACGACCAGAUAGGGCGCGCUGCUGUGCUGCAGGAGCUCGCCAUGCACCUGCACCCCACCGAGCCCGAAGAGGGCGACAGCGAUGCCGCUCGGACUAAACCGCCUCCCGAGCGCCCUCCUGCGCCGGGCUGGGAGGUGGAGGACCGGGAAGCGGUGGUGCACUGAUGGGAGAGCUGAGUACAGAGUUGUGACACGGAGCUGUUGCCAGCAGCUGCUGCUCCCUCCCUCUACUCCUCCUCCACCACCUUCUGGGACCCAUCUGGGCUCCUGGGCCAUUUGGAAAACGGAGAGUUGGCAAAAUGCGCAGCCAGCUGUGGCUUGAGCUUGUUCUCUGGGACGGAGGAGGAAGAGGGAGCACAUAGCAACAAUUUGGUUGGGGGCACUGCCUGCCCACCUUCUCAAUCUGUCUUCUUUCUGAGGUGGGGCAAACUGUAGGCAUGCCUGACACUAAAUCCCUGCUGGACCUGGGACCAAAAUGUACCCUCCUUGUUAUGCAGGGAUGGAGAAAAAUUUGGAGUACCAACGUCUGCCAUUGCCUUCUACCUGCUGUCCUCCUACCCUGGGCUUGGAGGAUGCCCUGUGCUAAGGCCAGUGUGGGAUUGUGGCCAGCCCAGAUGCAUAUCGGCUACCCCUGUGGAGCUGUGUGUGGGAUCCAGGAGGCUGGGGCGAUUUGUUUUAUGGGAUUCCUGGGAUGCAGGCUUGGAGAAACCAGGACCAGGUCGGGGAGCAGCAGACCAAAACCAAUCAGCGGCCUGUGAAAUGUAACAAAGAGUCAGUAAACUUCGGCCACAAAACAAAGACUUUGCUACCUCCCUCCUCCCAAUCCCCAGGUAAUUCAUCUUCUGGGGCUGGCUGAGCCUCCUGCCUCCUCCUGCUCCACCAGCCACUUCCUAGGUUACAAGUAAAUCAUUGUCAUGGGCCAACUAGGGGAAGGAUUCAAUUAUGGUUCUGUUUGGCUGCCUUUGUUCCUCGCCUGCUAUUGUAGGCACUUACAGCUGUGUUAUUUGUUAUCAAAGGUGGGAAUAGCCUUUUGUGUCACUGAUCUAAUUAAACCUGCUUGGCUGUGUUCAUCCCCAGGUCACGCAUGGCACUGGCUGGUGCCACCCUGCAAAGUAUCCACUACAGAAGCAGCCAAACAGGUUUGCCCUGGUAGGAACUAGUCAAUCACUCCCACUUCCCACUGAACCCUAUUCCUGAACAGUGAAGGUAACCUUUUUAAAAUGUAAGGCUUUGAUGGUUGUCCUGUGAAUUUUAAUUUUCCGUCACCACUCCAUCUCUCACUUUUGUUCUGCUGCUGGUUAAAAUCUCAGGCCUAAGGCAUAUUUUAAUGAUAAGGUAUUUAUUUUGGUAGCCACCUUGAUACACACUUAAUUCAAGAUGCAAAGUCUUGUUCAAUUGCAAUAGUCUCCUUGUGGCUUAGAGAACACACCUUCAGAAUGCUUUCUCAAGAGACCUGACAGCCAUCACAAAGGCCACCUGGUAUAGUCGGUGCCAAAUCUGGUGACAGUCGUAAAGCACAGGUUAGUGAUUGUGGAAUCUGUCGACAGCAGACUGGCCAAUACUAUUUGGAUCUGCUGCUGAGUUAGUUUGCUCUAUGAUGAGGCUCAAAAAAGAUUUUUACAAGCUGCUCCUUGUCGUCAUGUGAGCUCUUUAAGGAUGCGUGCCCUGUAUUUCAGAAUAUGUCCCUGCUGCACAUUGGCAUUGCUAAUACUGUCUCAGAGGUUGAGUCAAGUUUUUCUUUCUCUUGGGAGUCAUUAGAGAGUGCACUGAACAUGGCAUUUUUGUGACCUAAAUCUUGCAGCUGGAGUAGAAUCACACUUCAGUGUUCUGUAACUGUGGUCGUCCUUGGGCCUUCUGCCUGGAUCUCCCUAAAUCAAGGCCACAAGACUUGAAGGAUUUCCUCGUAUACUUUUUCCAGACUUGGCAGUUGAGGUCAUAAUUUUUGUCUUCAUAGCACCUCCACGUGACAUCAUUUAAUUACAAGGGCAUUAACUGUGUUCCCUGUGUUUUGGCGACAGGGCUCACCAAGCAGGUCUAGCACUUUGUGAGAGAUGAACCACACACACUCUGCUCCAGUCUGUGACUUGGAGACUUAUCAGUCUAGUUUCCGUGUUUAGUAAAUCUCACCACUUUUUGUUUAUGUUUCUCUUGCUCAUGGAAAAGAGGAGCAAGAGAAACAUGGGUAAAGACAUUGACGAGAGCCUACUCUGCCUAACAGAUCUGGAUGUUCUUUUAUGCUUAACACAGUAGGGAAAUUUAAAAGCAAUGACUCAUGUGCAGACAGCAGGAAGGAAGAAGAGCAUCACUAUCCAGCAGUUCUGGGCUAGCUGGUGGCCAGGGGUCCUUUCCAGUCCCCCAUCCCUGUCUUCCUCCUUUGCCCCCAAGUGGAAAGCGGAUGUUCUUGGUCACACUGAGGUGGAGCAGUGAGUAUCUGUUGUUGCAAAUGAACUGCUUUCUGUGAGCAGUCUCAACCUGAAGAAGCACUCCUUUAAGAUCUGCACCAACCAUUGCAGUGUGCCUCUGGGGAAGAGGUUUUUGACCUCGGGGCAUGGAAAUGAGCUAGAUGAGGGAAUAGGUCCACUCCAGGGACUGCUUUCCUGUGUAAAGCAAGUGUUUUGUACAGGGCACCGGAGAUGUGACAUAUGUAAUACUUAGGAACAGUGACUCCAUCGAAGUAGUUGUAGGGUUCUAGAGCUUCAAGCAAAGCAACAUCCAACCAGUGCAGGUGCCAAGAGAAGAGAAUCCAGCCAGCGUUUGGCUCUGUCCUCAAGAGGGCAGUGUGGCGGAUCAGUGAAUGUUGAAUCCCAGACAAUGGCUCCAUCUGGCACUUUAAAAAUGCAUAUAUUUAAUAAUUUUUGUUUCUCCUUAGGCUUAGGACCUUAGAACCGUUUUUUUGUACUUUGAAUAACAGAUGCUCUUUGAAGGAAAGACAUACGGACUCUAAUGUUCUUCGGCAGCUCCGGCAGGGGUAAGCCGGACACCCGACUGGACCGUGUGCUAAGGGGAAUCAGACAAACUCUAUUUUCUUACUUGAGCAACUAUUUUAUUGACACUGCUUGUGUACGUCGGAGGGGCCCACGACUCCAGCGACACAACUUUUGUACCGAAAGAACUCAACUUUUUAUAGUUCCCAUUCCACAUUUAACUUAAAAAAUAACUUUAAUAGCACUAAAAUGCCUAGCAGAAGGCUGCAUUCCAGACCUGUGAGGAAAUUUUUAGUUUUUAUGAAAAAUGACCCUUCAGUGGUUAAGCGUCUCCUGUCUUGGUGCUUCUGACCCCACUAGCACCACUAGACAACACAGCCACGCGGGAACAUAUUUUUGGAAGCAAAACUUUAAUUUUAUAUGACAUAUGCUAUGGAGAGUGGAGAAAAUUUAAGGACUACUCGUUUUCUAUUUUUUUCUUAACAAAAUGGAAUCCACUGUGUUGAAGACUCUUGAUGUUAUGUGAUUGUCUCACCAUUUUUUUUUUUCAUAAGUUGGAAUAGAAUCUAAUGUGAUCAUGGUUAUCGAAUGGAUUGGUUUGGGAAGUUAUAUUUUAUUUAUGAAUUUUUUUUUUAAAUCAGGGUAACUUAACUACAAACUUGACUGGAUUAUUCAACUUUUCAUUAUGUCGUUCUGUUCUUCACUAUAACACUGUAACCCGUGGAGAAUUACACUAACGCGAUACACUCUACAUGUAUUUUAUUUCCCAGUGAGUUGUGUAAACCUUAUUUCUGUUGAAGAUUGUAUGUUAAAUCAGUAUGUUCUCAUAUGACUUCUUGAGAAGGAGGUUCCAAUUUGAAACUGUUAUCAUUUCCUUCAAAAUGAAGGGCCGUGCUUAGUUAAAUAAAAGAUUGAUGACAUCUUUUAAACCA